AUGAGCUCGACGAUUCAGCCUGGCGAAGUCCGAGUCGACCAUGACGCGGCAGCAGCGACUCGGAAGCAGGCCAAUGCCACCGUCGCUCGAGCGAAUGUCGAUAAUCUUCGAGAUGAUCCUGAAGCUAGGGCGGCAUUUUUGUCAACAUUCUCAGCCGACGAAGAGCGGAGCGUCUUGAACAAGAUUGACAAAAGGUUCUUGAUUAUCAUUGGCUUCAUGUAUAUGAUCAAACAGAUUGACCAAAGUAAUGCGGCAAAUGUUCGUGUUCUUCAGGUCGGCGAGUCUCGGAACAUCAUGAAGGAGCUUAGUAUGACUUCCGACCAGUAUAACUGGGUUGGGUCUAUCUAUGGAAUUGCAUACAUAGUGUUUGAAGCACCUAGCAACCUUCUUCUCAAGCGCAUGAGUCCGCACCUAUGGCAAUCUCGUAUUUUCCUCACGUGGGGAAUUAUUACCGCAUGCCAUGCCGCGGCACAGAAUCGACAUCAGCUUUAUGCAAUGCGUUUCUUACUAGGAAUGUUCGAGGCGGGCAUGUUUCCGGGAGUGAUGGCACAACUGUCCAGUUGGUAUCGCACCGAUGAAAUCGGCAAGCCCGUGACUUGGUUCUUCGCGACCUCCAACCUUGCAGGCAUCAUCGGGUCUCUGCUCUGCUAUGGCAUUAGCUAUAUGAACGGAAUCGGCGGCCUCAGCGCCUGGAGAUGGGUAUAUCUACUUGAAGGGCUGGCAACGAUUGUGUUCUCAGGCGCCGUGUUCUGGUACUUGCCUGACUACCCAAAGUCUCCCCGAAGCGACCGCUGGUUUACCAAGCGCGAGCAAGAGUUCAUUGAGGCUCGACUACCAGAGAACGCGCCGCUUACCAACGAUCCCGACUUCUCCAAAAAGGAGAUUUUUGCAGUGCUUAAGACUCCACUCAUCUGGUCUUUCAUGUUGUCACAAACAUUGAUCAACAUUGGCGGAUAUGCGCUCACGUGGUAUUUGCCGACGAUUGUCACCAACCUGGGGUUCGUGGGUUUGCCGAAGAACCAGUUACUUAACAUUCCGCCAGCUGCAGCUGCCAUUCUAGGUCUCAUUCUCUCAGCCUGGUUCAUGUCGAAGGCCUACAUUGUCCGGCCCGCACUUAUCAUGUUCGCAUCCCUCCAAUCACUGAUCAUCAUGUCAGGCAUGGUUGUCUGCUUCGUCCUCUUCUUCACAAUUACCAACCGUUACGGAAUUUACAUAAGCUGCAUCCUAGGCACGCUCUUCUAUCAGUCAUACUUCAUUCCUUUCUGGGCAUGGAGAUCAGCGACACUGUCCGGGUCAACUGGUACCGCGUUCACUUUGGGUUUGCAAUCCGGCAUUGCGCAGCUUGGUGGUGUUAUCGGCCCGCAGCUGUUCCAAUCCAGGUUUGCAUACAACGGGUACAAAACAAGCUUUGCGAUCGCGGCCGCGACGACAAUCGCGUCUUUUGUGGGUAACCUGUGGACCUGGUGGUUGACCCGAAACACUGAGUAUGAUGUGAUGCGGGUGAGAAGAAAGAUCUUGAAGGCUAGGAAGCUUGGCAAGGUCAACUUCGAUGAUGAUAUUCGUGUCUUUGAGGAAAGGCGAUUUUAUGACGGCAUCAAGCGCAACGCUCAGGCCCGCCCUGACUCAACAAUUUCCGUUAAUCUUUACUUCACACACUGCACCUCUCAUGAUGGCUCCCUCCAAAGCGUUAUUUCUCAGGAAGCACGCAAGUCUCUUCGCGACGAAGUAAUUCCGGCGAUUCUGGGAGCUGUUUCAGACAUUGCCAAGACGCUCCAUGCCUCGCAACAUGUCUCAUUGGCAGGGACCGCGAAUGCUUUCGGCGACGACCAGCUGAACGUCGAUGUCGCUUCCGAGAAUGUCAUGCGCGAAGCCAUUUCCAAAUGCCCGACGAUACACACUGCAAGCAGCGAAGAGGAUCCGGUGGAGAAGCCAGCCAGGACGUCGACCAACGACAAUACGGACAGCACCCCGGCGUCUUCGGAAGUAUACACCGUCGCUUUCGAUCCUCUGGAUGGUAGCUCUAUUAUCGCACCGAACUGGACUGUUGGAACGAUCGUCGGAAUCUGGGAUGGUCGCACUGCCGUCGGACAGUCGCCACGGGAGAAGCAGAUUGCUGCUGUAAUGGGUGUCAUCGGGCCCCGGACCACGGCCAUCGUUGCGCUCCGCAUCCCGGGUGCCGAGGCCGCGUGCUUCGAGAUCGGCUUUGGUCAGAAUGGAGUGGAGGACUGCGAGAUUAUUCGCACAGUUGUCAAGCUGGCAGAUGGUCCUUUCAAGACUCGCUACUUUGCGCCGGCGAACUUGCGCCAUGCGGCCGAUGAUGAGAGAUACGGUGCUCUCAUCACACGGUUUAUCCAGAAGAAGUAUACACUGAGAUACUGCGGUGGUCUUGUACCGGAUAUCGUGCAUGCGCUUGUCAAAGGACACGGCGUGUAUGUUAUGCCUGUGACUCCGGGAACGUUGCCGAAGUUGCGGUUCUUGUAUGAGCUCUACCCGAUCGCCCUAAUCAUUGAGGUCGCUGGUGGAAAGGCGAUCGACCCGUCAGACGGAAAGCCUCUCCUGGAUAAGGUCUCCGUUGAUUGCGAUGGGAGAGCUGGGUUGAUCUGCGGUACCGCGGAGGAGGUGGAUAUUGCAAAGGCUGCUCUCCUUCACUGA